GACCUGGAGGAGGAGGAGAAGGAGCCGCAGCCGCCCCGCAGACUGGAACCGGCCCCGAAGCGGGGAGCAGCGGCGGCGCCGCCAGGGCCGAGGGCAGCGGCGGCCGCGCCUGUGGCCGCGCCGCUGACCCACACGAGCUCUUCGCGGCGCGGAAGCGGAGCGAAGCCUCGAUCCGGGACACCAGCUGCAGGGCCAUUUGCAG